AUGGACACGAAUCCCCGACCCGGUCGAUUUGCUUUGGAUGAGUCUGCUGAGUUCAAGCAUGUCUCCGCGCCACUCAUCACUGCGAUCCGUCGAGACCAGAUGCCCGAAGACCUGCGCGAUGCUUUUCUUCCUAGAGAUGUUAUUCUCUUUUGUGAGCCCAGCCAUAACCGCGCAUUUUCCGCACUAAAGCGAGCCCAGGCUCGCCGGGAAUGUGCCCCUCUCAACUCGAAAUGCCCAUGGUGCAUGACUGACGAAGUCUGCGGGGGACUGGUUUUGAUCCUUGUGGCCUUGGUCUGUCUAAGAGUCGUCUCUAUCCAGCACAACGAGACUUUCACGCUCCACGUUUUCGAAUAUACCAUGGCUGUGUUGUGGGCAAUGCUCGUAGUAUUGACGCUGGUUGUCGUGCGCCUUCGCUACGGUACCAAGGCGUACAACGGCGUUACAUAUCGUUGCUCCCAGGGCAUCAAGCUCCACUGCGUCUACAAUCUGGUCCGCCGCAUACUUAGCCCGAGCUCGUUAAUCUUACUCCAGCAGGCAAGGCUCAACUUCCGAUCGUUCUGCCGCUAUUACCAAUUCUUCAUCAAUGGGCAGAUCGGCGGACCGGCUGAUCAAGAAGUUGACAGCUGCGUUCGACAACACGCCGCCGAAGGCACGCUUUCGCGCACUGGCCUCAUUGAGGAUGGUUCCCGUGCGCUGCUUGGAUUGGCGCCAUGUCAAGACAUCUUCUCUGAUUUCCGGUGUGGUUGCUCUCAGCUACGGGUCGUUUAUCGAACUUAUCGAGAUUGGAAGAGGUGGAGACUGGCUGGUAUGGUGUACGAACGACUUCAGUCGCGAGAGGGCACGUCUUUACGACAUAUAGAUGUGGAUGAUCACAACUAUGUGAAUCCUCUGGAAAGACUCGUGGGCAGUGGCAGUCAUAAGUGGUUGAUGGUCGAUCCGCACGUUUUCUCCUCAAAGCUUCCUUCACAACCGCGAACAACCCACGCAUAG